CUCUUUCAUUUUCAUUAUUUAUUACGGAAGGUCGUUUCGAAUCUGUGAACUCUUGACACUCGUGAAUUCGAGCGACGAGGCGUUCAGCGUGAAAUUUCUACGACUCGGUCAGCGGUGUCCUCGUUAUCAGCCGGCGAGCGAGACGCGCAAAACCGUCGCCGAUUUACCGUCCCACUUUAACUCGUUUCGUGAUUUGUUAUGUCUGAUUUGUUACAUGAUUUCAUGUCUAGGGACGCGCCGCGCGGCAGACCCGGUGUGCCGAAGCCGGUGUGCAGCACGCGAGUGCGAGGUCGCCAGGUACAUAGCAGCGCCACGUGGUAGUCUGAGGUCGUUACCGUGGGGGGCCGUCGUCAUUAGCCCUCUCGGAUCAACGACAACGACGGCGGCGGCGGCGACGACGAUGACAACGACGACAGCGGGCAAGGCGACGUUGACGACGACAAAACCGAAAAGACUCGAGUGAAUUCGUCAUUUUACAAAACGUGAACACUAGGGUACACCGUGAUUUGCAUGGCGUUGCAAAGAGGACAAAAGUAUCUCGAUGAAGAAUCGGCCCGCACGUGAGGCGCAGCUGUCGUUUAGCUGACACUUUGCCGGAGAAGCUAGUAAUAUCGUCGUCGUGAUAUGCGAUCAUGUCGAGGACCAUGGCGCGCAAAACGAAAUCCGGCAACUUCGAGUAUCGCGGCAACUCCAAGUUUCCGGCGGGGGUGUACACGAUCCAUCCGCCGCCGGUUUGCGAUCGCAUGCUCGAGGACAGACCGAUCCACUUGAGGAGAUCUAGCGCCUACGAAGGGAAAGAGAUCGGUAAGAUAAGGGAUAAAAGUGGCGUGAGGAAGUAUCUGAUACCUUCGAAGGAACGCAUGGUCUAUCCGAAAAUCAUGACGAAGAAGGAGUACGAAUGCCUGAAGGAACGCAAUCGCGUGAUCACGGAUGAGGAGAGGCAAGCGGCCGCGGAAGCCGCGGAGGAGGAAAAAGAAAGAUUAAUGAGGGAAAGUAUGGAGCGUAAGGAGGCAAUGUGCCUAAUGGACUUGAAGAAGAGCCGUGAUAAGGAGCCGAAAACCAGCGAGAUUGAGGAGGAGGCGAGGAAGAGAAUGACGCAUAUCCUUGACCGAGCACAGAACAUGCGGCUCGAGCAGGAGGAGGAGGUACAAAGGUGCAAUCGGUUCAUCCUGGAGACGAAAUGCCGAGCUAUCCGCGACGCUCAGAUCGCCGAGAAGAAACUGAUAGAACGAGAAAUUCUCGAGGAGGAGAAGCGACUGGACGAUAUGAUGGAGGACGAGAGAAGAUGGGCGGUCAAGGAAGAAUUGCGGAAGGAAGAGGAGGAUGCUGCCAAGAGGCUGCGAUUCGCCAAGUUUUUGAAGGAGCAGAUCGAGGAGAACGAGGAGCAACGAGUCCUCAAGUUUGAGAAGAAGCAGGAAGAAAGUCGGCUCAUCAAUUUAAGUACCGUCGCGUGGCAGCAAGAUGAGGCUGAGAGGCAGCGCAAGAAGGAGGCCGAACAUGCCAGAGUGCGGCAGGAAUUCACAGAGGUGUCCGAACAAAUGAAACGCUACAAGGAUGUGGAACAGGAGGAAAACAGAAUUAUAGACUUGAGGAUAAAAGACCAUCUUCGGCAGAAGGAGGAAAGGGACGCCAAAAAGAAGGAAGAGCAGAGACUGGAAAAUUUACGAAAGGAGCGAGAGAGGACCAGAAUAGUGACUCGAGCGACACAUACGCGUGAGAUUCAGGCGCAUAUCGACGAGAUCAACAUGACUCGAGUUCGUGAAGAGGUGGAGCGGGAGUGGAGACGAAAGGAAAAGGAAGGAGCCCUGAAAAGACUGGAAGCUCAAAAGAUGCUACAAAAGGGAAGGAUGGAGCAGAUAAAUAAUAAGCGCAUUAUGCAAGCUAUCGAGAUCGAGCGAGAUAGACGGGAAUUCGAGAGGAUCGUACGCGUGCAACAAGCAGCUCUUUGCAAAGAAAAGGAGGAACGCGAGCGCAAGCAACAGCAAACUUCGAUUCUUCGUGCCGAGAUAUUAAAGCAGGUGAAUGAAAAAGAACGAGAACGCAUCGCCGAACGUCAAAAUAUGUUCGAGGAAGGUCUGGCAAUCCGUGCGGAAGUUGAAGCGCGCAAGAAAAAGUUGCAGGAGGUGAUGGAACGCAAAUGUCAAGAGAUGAGGGAAAACAAAGUGCCGGAUUCUUACAUCAACGAAGUGAAACGAAUGAUCGAGAAUAUCCAAUAAAUAAAGUAUAUACCCAGAUCUCUAUCUAAUCUAUCUUGGAGUAGAAAAACCGACUCAAACUUGUGUCUAAAGGCAACGAAUUAUAUAUCUCUCUAUAUUUUAUUAUCUAUACACUUAUAUAUAAACUUGAUUAUACAUCGAGGCACAUA